AGCAUGCCAUCCGGAGUUCUGCCAAGUGGUGUGCUCUGCGCUACCAUGAUCUCCACGAUGCUGCCAGAUUUUGCGUGGUGGGGUUUUCAGGCAUUCUCCUAGCUUCUCCAGCUUAAUGUAGGCACGUGUGUAUCAAGAAUGGGGAGACUGGAAUGCCCCUGUUUUGAGUCAUUACCACGGCGGGAGUGAGUGAGUGAGUGGCGGUCUGGAGAUUUUUAGCUUCUAGUGCAACUACUUGAUCCAAGGGGUCGGUCUAUCUCAAGAGUCUUUUUUUCUUCUUGCUUCAGAUCAAAAAGUUUUCGGCUGAGUGUUUGUGGAUAUGCCUAUCUUUCGUGGACACCGUCUGUCAGUGGCUCAAAUUGCCUUGAUCGCUGCGCCUAGUUUUAUCUUAUUUGGCUACAAUCAAGCUGGUGUCGGUGGGCUUUUAUCACUUCCAGAUUGGACGAAAACAUUCCCAGAAAUCGACACGACAAAUACCAAAGGUGCAGUGAAAGCCCACAAUGCCACCAUUCAAGGUGUAGUAGUUGCUACCUUCGUCCUCGGUGCCCUCGUCGGCGCGCUUUCUUGCAUGAAGAUUGGUAAUUUUCUGGGGAGGAGGAAAUCCAUCUUCCUGGGGGCGGUAUUGAGCUUGAUCGGGGAGGUUUUAUGUACCUCUUCUUUCGGACUUGCGCAGUUUAUUGUGGGGAGGACGAUCAUUGGGUUCGGGAUUGGGAUUUUGAGUGCGACUGUGCCGGUUUGGCAGGCGGAGUGCAGCUCUUCGGCUAACAGGGGGAAGCACGUUGUCCUUGAUGGGUUGUUUAUGACGUUGGGAUACACUCUGGAAUCAUGGAUCGACCUUGGUGCUUCGGAGAUCAAGUCCGGCAAGAAUAUUUCGGCGUCAUGGAGAAUGCCGUUAGGGAUUCCAAUUGCUUUCUCGCUCAUUCUGAUGGCUACUAUAUUUACAAUGCCCGAAUCUCCACGCUGGCUCAUAAUGGUCGGCCGCGUCGAAGAAGGCCGUAAAGUCCUCUCAGACCUCAAAGACCUCCCUCAAACCGACCCCCUCGUCUCCGCCGAGGUCGAUGGAAUCCAAUACUCGCUCGAAGAGAGCACGGGCCGCAAAGCCAGCUUGGCGGACAUGUUCACCAUGGGACCCGACAAACUGUUCUAUCGCUUCUGUCUCUGCAUCUUGCUCCAGUUCUUCCAGCAGAUGUCGGGCAGUAAUUUGAUCUCGGUGUAUGCUCCGGUUAUCUUUCAGCAGAAUUUGAAGCUGGAUGGGCAGACGUCGAGGAUUUUGAGUGGGGGAACGUUGACGUGGAAGUUUUUGUCGUCGUUUGUGGCGUUUUUUACUAUUGAUCGGUUUGGAAGGAGGGCGUUGUUUAUUUUUAGUGGGUUUGGGAUGGGAAGUUGUAUGUUGGCGCUUGCGAUCGCGACUUCGUACCCAUCUUCGAACAAAUCGGCAUCAAUCGCGAGCGUUUUCUUCAUCUUCUUGUACAAUUUCUUCGUCCCAAUUGGUUUUCUUGGAGCGAACUUCCUCUAUUGUGCGGAGGUUGCUCCAGUCAAGUUGCGCGUGAGCAUGGCUGCCAUUUCCACAGCCAAUCACUGGCUCUGGAACUUCGUAGUCAUAAUGGCAACUCCAGUAGCCAUCGCCAGCAUCGGGAACUACUACUUUGUCCUGUUCUGCGCCAUCGCUUUCUGCAUCCCGCUCUCGGUGUACUUUUUCUAUCCUGAGACGAUGGGGCAGAGUUUGGAGCAGAUUGAUGUUGUGUUUAGGGAUAAUAAGACGCCUUGGGCGGUGGUUAGGGCGUCGAAGAUACUGGCUGCUGGGGAUGUGGAGAAGAUUGUAGGGAAGAGGGAUGAGAAGUUGGUGGAGGAUGUUGUUGUUGGGGAAGAGAAGGAGGGGGAGGUUGUUUGAUAAAUGAAGUUUGAAUGAGGUGGAGUUGUGGUUGAUAUGAGGAGGCAGG